GAAAGGAGGAACAUUCUUUUAAGGAAAAGGAGGAGCGGCACAAGCACCCGACUGAUAAUGGUGGAUCUGCUGGGAAACGUGUGGGGCCAUUACCGACACAUUAUGUUUCCGACCCUCUGCAGCUCGCCUCUUCUUCUUUUUUCUUUCUGGUAUUGUUCUUCUUUAGCGUGCCGGCCGAUGUCGCCGAUGAAUUAAAAUCUCCUGCGGAUGGUGCAGCCACACGCUCCCCGCUGACUCUCGCUCCCUCGCUCGCUCUCUCCCUCCUCCUCGCCUUCGUUUCUUCUUCGUCGUCGUUUGCUGCGACGUUCUCAGCAGCGGAAACGAUUAAACGGAAAGAAACCACUUCGUAUUCGCCCUUAAAUAAGAGGAAAAAUAUAUAUCGCUACGGGGACGUCGUACGCACUACCACUGGCAGGUAUGAGAACCAAUUUCAAGGCAGCAAAAGGCGCCCCUGCGCCGCCGCCGCCGCCACGCAAACGAGAACGCACCGACAAGAAGUUCUCCCGCCACAACGCCGCACGUGCUGGGCCGUCUACUCAAAAUGCGGUCGAGCUGACACGCGUGCAGCAGCUCGAGGCGAAGGCGGCCCGUGACACCGUGCUUGCCACGACCCUGAAAGCCUCCCCCCUCAUCGCGAAGAAGUUCGUUGAGGCCAUUUCGUUAGACGUCGAUGUCGACGCUGCGCGGCAGCUGCUGCUCUCCAGCAAAGCGCUCACGGCGUUGCCGUCCUCCAUUGGCGUUCUGUGCCAGCAGCUGCGCAAGCUGGACGUGGCGGGCAACGAUCUGACCGACCUCUCCCCCCUCGCCUCUCUCCAGUACCUGUCGAACCUCAACGUCUCCCGCAACCCACGGCUUGCCUCGCUGAAAGGGUUGUCGGGAACGUGCCUGUCCGUGCUGAGCAUCUCCUACUGCGCGGUGGAGUCGCUCGUGGGACUCGAGCACACCGCCCUCUCCCUUCGCACCUUCAUCGCUAACGACAACCGUCUGCAGUUUCAGUCCCCGAUCUUUCGCAGCGAGUCCGUCGUGCCUCACCAAAGGGAUGAGGAGGAGGGGAGCAUGACAGACAUGGAUGCUGCUGCCCCGCACCUCCCUGCGUCGCUGAGGACAGGCGUGGAAACGAACGCCGUUGCGAUGCGCAACUACGCGAUCUUCGCCACCUUUCAGCAGUGUGAGACGGUGGUGCUGUCCCGCAACACGCAGCUGGUGCAGAGCUUCCCUGCCUGGAGUGCGGAAGAGCUGGCGGUUCAGUGCGGCGACCGGCCGAAGCGCCCGGCUCACGACUCGGGGAAAGAGUCUGGAAACGACUCGUCGGCGGAGGAGAGCGACGCACGCAGAGCAACCCACCGCGGUGAUGGUGGUCCUCGAGAAGCUGAGCCGGAGGCGGACGCGCAGACCCACAAGCUGCUGAAGCACGCCGUUGCCCUCGCUCACCCCCUCUCCGUCUUUGAGCGCCUCCCGCGACUGAAGAAGCUGUCGUUGAGUGGGUGUGCGCUGCACUCCCUGCCCUCGCGCUGGUUCCUGCCAAUGGUGACGGAGCUGCGCUUAGCGCAGAACCACCUCGCCUCGCUGCAGCCGGACGGCGUCAUCCUGCGCUCGCUGCAUAUUCUCGACAUCAGCAACAACCUUUUCAUCUCCGUCAUCACGCUGCGUCGCUGCCGUUUCCUGGAACAGCUGAGCUUGCGGGGCAACCCUCUCGUUGAGGAAGGCGCCACCCACAAGGAAACAAUGGGGCGUGCUUCCAUCCACAGCAACAGCAACGACAAGGCGGCCACAGAGGAGGGGAAGGAUGGGGAUCCGACGGCGCCGAGUGACGUCGCCAUUCCACUACACGUGCAGCGGUCUGUGGCGCGUCUUUUCCCAAGUUUGAAGCUACUUGACCAUCAACCGGUGCUGUCGGCCGCGGAGAUGCAGGCGGCGACCGAGCGAGAACGUGAUGUCGCGGCCGCUGCUGCCGCAGCACCGUCGCAGCAGCAGGUCCAUGACGCGAAGCGCACGGGUGGCGGCGCUGACGGCGGAGGCGAACCACGGGAGACGUCGACGAGAGAAAAGACGGUGGGUGGCAGAGGUGCGAAAAGCGGGGCUUCUUUGUCAGCCCGCGCCCCGGCUUGCAAAGCUGCUCGCGUUGACCCGGCCGUCAUUGCGGCGGAGGCGGCGGAGAAGGACGUCGUGGUUGAGGCUCCGUCUUCCGUCCUCAAGACGGCACACGCGCCGAUUAUCCGUCGCGAACGUACACUGCUUAAGCCCGGUACCUCGCUGGCGGGCCAAGGCGGCGGCAGCAGCAAUGUGAGUGCGACGCGCGGGGACGCACGGAAGAAGGAAACCAGCACUGGAGGGGCCAACUCGGCUGCACCGACGGUGCUCGGGCAAGCUGCCGUGGACAAGCUGCUGGAGCAAAGCCGCAAGACUAACGCGUGGUAG